UCGGCGGGAGGUGGCGGUGUGGGUUGAGCUCGGAAGUAGUGACACCGGGCGGAGGUGGGGUCUGUGGCCCGGGUUACAGGCUGGGAGCAGUGAACUUCAGGCUCGACAGCUGCCGUAUUUUGAAGCAUUGUGUGUGUGUUGCUUCCCCCUAGUAAGAUAAGGGAAAAGUGGAGUGGUGAAGUAACGUUUGGGUGAGGGAGUGAAAUGGUGGGCCGGGUCGCUGUCACCCAUUACGGACACCCGUAGGUAGAGCCUCCCGGACGCGCAGAUCCUGCCUGGGAUAGCACACUCGGCACCAGCGCUCAAUAUGGACGGUCAACAGCCGCCGGCAGGAAGCGACUCGCCGCCCCGCAGCCGGGACAGGCCAUCCUCAAAGAAGAAACCUCCUGAAGAUGACCCGAGAAACAAAACCAAACUGAACCUUAACAUAAAAACUUUGGCGGAUGAUGUGCGUGACAGAUUAACCAGUUUUCGGAAGUCAACUGCGAAGAAGGAGAAACCUCACAUUCAACAUCCUACUGAUUCCCAAGCAGUUAUGUGUGAUUUGCCAUUAGCACAACCAGUAUUUGAAGAAUGUUUCAUGAAUCUUUCGGAGAAGGAAAUUUUGGAUCUGUUCGAGAAAAUGAUGGAAGACAUGAAUCUCAAUGAGGAUCGUAAAGUUCCACUCAGAGGGAAAGAUCUGACAACAAAAAGAGAAAUGGUUGUUCAGUAUAUAUCUGCAACUGCCAAAUCGAUAACCGGAAGCAAAGUGUCGGGUGGACUGAAGAACAGCAAGCAUGAAAGUACUCUGUCAUCCCAAGAAUAUGUUCAUGAAUUACGUUCGGGAAUUACCGAUGAUAAGCUACUUAACUGCCUAGAAUCGCUAAGAGUUUCUUUGACCAGCAAUCCUGUUAGCUGGGUUAAUAAUUUCGGCCAUGAAGGACUUGGUCUCAUGCUUGAUGCUUUGGAAAAGCUACUGGACAAAAAACAACAAGAAAUGAUUGAUAAAAAAAACCAGCAUAAGCUCAUCCAGUGUCUGAAAGCAUUUAUGAAUAACAAGUUUGGGCUUCAAAGAAUAUUAGGUGAUGAAAGGAGUCUGCUGUUACUGGCAAGAGCAAUUGAUCCAAAGCAAACAAACAUGAUGAUAGAAAUUGUCAAAAUUCUUUCUGCAGUCUGCAUCGUUGGAGAAGAAAACAUCCUUGAUAAAAUCUUGGAAGCUAUAACCACAGCUGCUGAACAGAAUAACAGAGAAAGAUUUGCACCCAUUGUAGAAGGACUGGACAAUCAUGAAGCACUUCAGCUACAGGUCGCCUGUAUGCAAUUAAUUAAUGCUCUCGUCACAUCUCCAGAUGAUCUGGAUUUCAGGAUACACUUGAGAAAUGAAUUCUUGCGUUGUGGAUUGAAAAAAAUACUACCUGUACUGAAAGAGAAAGAAAAUGAAGAACUAGAUAUUCAACUAAAAGUGUUUGAUGAAAAUAAGGAGGAAGACUACAUUGAAAUAUCACAUCGACUGGAAGACAUUCGAUCUGAAAUGGAUGACAUGAAUGAGGUCUAUCAUCUGCUAUCCAAUAUGGUGAAGGACACUUCUGCAGAAAAUUAUUUUCUCUCGAUUCUGCAACAUUUAUUACUCAUCAGGAAUGAUUAUUAUAUCAGACCUCAGUAUUACAAGAUAAUUGAAGAAUGCAUUUCACAGAUAGUCUUACAUCGAAAUGGAACAGAUCCUGACUUUGAAUAUCGUAAACGACUAGAUGUGGAUUUUAGUCAUCUUGUAGAUCAAUGUGUUGAUAAAGAAAAAGUCGAAGAGAGUGAACAGAAGGCAUUGGAAUUUUCUAAGAAGUUUGAUGAAGAAUUUUCAGCUCGACAAGAAGCUCAGGCUGAAAGUCAGAAGAAAGAUGAAAGGAUAAAAGAGCUUGAAGCAAAAGUCCUUCAGCUGGAAACAAAGGAGCCAACAGCACCAGUAGCUUCAUCCGGACCCCCACCUCCACCACCCCCUCCGCCGCCACCACCCCUCCCUGGAGGGCUUGCUCCUCCUCCUCCUCCUCCACCACCCCCACCUCCACCCUUUCCAGGUGGUGCACCACCACCACCUCCACCUCCACUUCCGGGUGGCCCAGGAAUACCACCACCACCUCCAUUUGGAAAACUGCCAGCUCCACCAUGUUUUGGGAGUGGACCCAAUUACUCUGAAGUCACUGAAACGCUUCCAUAUGGAUUACAGCCUAAAAAGCAGUACAAACCAGAAACUGCAAUGCGAAGAGCCAACUGGUCGAAGAUUGGACCCCGGGAAAUGACAGAGACGUGUUUCUGGGUCAAGGCGAAAGAGGACAAAUUUGAAAGUCCUGAUCUUUUCUCUAAACUGAUGCUCAGUUUUGCCAAGCAAGCAAAAGUGAAGAAGGAUGUAGAUCAAGCCGAGGAGAAAAAAGUAGUGCCUGCCAAAAAAAAAGUGAAAGAAUUAAAGAUUUUAGAUGCCAAAACAGCUCAAAAUUUAUCGAUCUUCCUGGGUUCAUAUCGUAUACCUUAUGAAGAAAUCAAAUGUAUCAUUUUAGAAGUGGAUGAAGGAAAGCUCAGCGAGUCCAUGAUUCAGAACUUGGUGAGGUUUUUACCAGAGCAGAAUGAACUCAAUACAUUAUCCCAGUUUAAAGAUGAAUAUGAUGACCUUUGUGAAUCAGAGCAGUUUGGAGUAGUGAUGAGCACCGUGAAGUUGUUACAGCCACGCUUGAACAAUAUUCUCUUUAAGCUUCAAUUUGAGGAGUAUGUGAAUAACAUCAAGCCUGACAUAAUGAAUGUAACAAUUGCUUGUGAGGAGUUAAAGAAGAGUGAGAACUUCAGUAAAAUUUUGGAAUUGGUCCUCCUGGUGGGAAACUAUAUGAAUGCUGGAUCCAGGAAUGCACAAACAUUUGGAUUCAACAUCAGCUAUCUAUGCAAGCUUAAAGACACUAAGUCAGUCGACCAGAAGGCAACAUUGAUGCACUUUUUAGCAGAGAUUACAGAAGAGAAGUAUCCAGACAUCUUGAAAUUCACAGAUGAAAUAAUCCACACAGAAAGUGCAAGCAAAGUUUCAGACCAAAACCUCAAGAGCAGUAUGGAAGCUAUGGAGCGGCAAAUUAAGCGUCUUGAAAAUGACAUCAAGAAGUUUCCUAAAACAGAUGAUGAGCAUGAUAAGUUUGUGGAAAAAAUGUCCGGUUUUGCCAAGCACGCGAGGGAACAGUAUGAAAAACUUUCCAACAUGCAUGGAAAUAUGAUGAAGUUGUACAAAGGACUGGGAGAAUAUUUUGUCUUUGAUUCCAAAGCUGUCAGCAUAGAAGAAUUCUUCACUGAUCUGAAAAACUUCAGGUUCAUGUUCCUGGAAGCAUUGAAAGAAAACAUUAAGAAGAGGGAAACAGAAGAAAAGAUCAAGCGAGCAAAGCUGGCUAAGGAGAAAGCAGAGAGAGAGAAGUUGGAAAGGCAGCAGAAGAAGAAACAAUUAAUUGAUAUGAACAAAGAGGGUAAUGAAACAGGAGUGAUGGACAGCCUGAUGGAAGCCUUGCAGUCAGGUGCUGCGUUCAGGGAUCGCAGGAAACGUACACCAAGGAGUCUUGGUGAACAAGGUCCAGCUAGUCCAACAUCCCGAUGGCCUGUUGAAAAUGAAAAUAGACGUGUUGCUUUGGAGAGGUCACGUUCCCGUCACAAUGGAAAUAUGAUACUUGCGUGAUCCCAGUGUGCCAAAGAACUGGGGUUUGAAGAUUAUUUUCCAACAGUCCUUGGAUAUCAGAAACCUCUUAAUGGUACUGCAGACGAUAAACUGCAAGGGCCAGAAAAGGAAUUGUGAAAAUGCUGUGAGAUAUUACGGAGUGCUCUCUGCUGGCCCAUAAUAAGUUCUUAACUUUUGUAUACCUGUUAACUGACCUACAAUUGGAAGAAGAUGAACUUCAUCCCUGAUGUUGCAAAAUUCAUUUUGUAUUUGUAUUGCCAAUAAAAAAAGAGAGAAAGAAAGCAAAAGUUUGGGGUCCCAAUCUGGCGAUUUACUUUCAUGAAUCACUUUAGUUUUCUGAUUUUAAUUUAGAAUUUGUGUGUUACUCAAACUUAAAAUAACUACUCUGAGGCUUUGAAACAACCAAGGUUGACUCAUCAAUCUUAUCAACAACGGCAAAAUUGUGCUUUGUUUUCUCUCUUUUGGAUGGAUUAUUUUUGGUUUCACCUCUGUCCCAGAAGGAGUAUUUUUCUUGAGCAAAAAUAUUUUAUAAUUAUGCACUUGUUUGUACUUUAUAUGCAUAUUGCCAGGAAAAUAAACAAAUGCAGCUUUCUUAUUUUGUCACUGCCUGUUACAAAGCAAUAAGACUGCAUUUCUUAAGUCACAUGCAGAAUAUGUUCAUUCAUUUCAAAGUGGUUUUAGAAUCAUGUAGUUAUUGCACAGUUAGUUCCCCUGUAUUGGGAGCUUGUUAAUAUUGACAUUGUGCAAUAACAAAACUGUAAUACCCAUGCUUGUUUUAUAGUAAUUACACUUUUGAAAAUUAGUUCUUAAAAUGUAUUCUAUUCAAGCAUUUUUAAAAAGGUAUUUUAGACAUAUUUCAGCAGUUAUUUACACAUCUCAACAAUGUAUUUAAAUGAUCAGAUCAACAAAAUACUCAUUUAAACCUCUGCAAUCAGCAAUUACCUUCAGUGGAACAUGACAAUUAUAGAUAGUACGUAGCGUCGAAAUCCAUCAAACUAUAUAGUAAAACCAGGGGUGUGUUGUAAAUGAAUUUGCAAAUACUUAACACAGAGUUACUUAUAUAAAAGAGUUACUUAUAGAGUGUAUAUCAGCACAGUGUCUUUACUGUUUAAAAUAAAAUCAAUGUUA